AUGUGCAGGCUGCUCCUCGUCGUCGACGACUCGGAGCAGAAGCUGCUCCCGCUCGUCUCCGCCCGGCGCCAGAACAAGCGCGGGCAGCUCUUCGGCCUGAGCAAGGGCGAGCGGCUGCACGGCUUUGGCGUGGCCUGGCUCACCGGGCGCGCCGCGGGCGCGGUGGUGACCACGCGUCCGCCCAGCGACGACCUAAAUGUGCGUCGCGUCCUAGGCGCAACAUCGUCACGUCUCGCUCUAGCCUUCAUCCGGAGCUGCGCCUGCGACCGCUGCCCCGCGACGACGUACUGCCCCGCGUCCGACGCGAACGCGCAGCCCUUCGUGCGCGGCGGCGCCUCGGGCUUGGUUGUGGCGCACGUCGGCAUCUUGCACCACCACCGCGAGUUAUUGAGGGACGGCGGCGAGGCGGGCCGCCGCGCGGCGGCCGUCGCGGACUGCGGCGACGCGGGGAACAGCGACGCGGCGUUCCUCUACCGCCUCGUCGCGUCCUACUACGACGACUUUGGGGGCGACCUCGAGCGCGCCGUGCGCGCGACGCUCGACCUGGUCUCGGCGACGGGCCCUCCCUCAAGCCUCAACCUCGUGGCCACGGACAAGACCGGUCGCGUCGUCGCCUGCCGCCGGCGGAGCCCCGGCGACGGCCAGGCUCCGCCGCCGUUGUUCUACGCCUCGACGGCGACGGGCGCGCUCCUCGCGAGCGCGCCCGUGCGCUGGCCGGGCGCCGAAGCUUGGACGGAGGUCACGGCCGACGGCGUGGUCGUCGUCGAGGGCGCGCGCGUCCGCGCGGCCGCGCCCGUCGCCACGAAGCCGCGGCCGUGGGCCUUCGUGCCGCCGCCGCGCGCGCCCGCGCCGCGCGCGCCGGCGGCCGCCGUCGCCGCCCAGGCCUAGCGCGAAGACCGACGCGGUCGGCGCGGCGGACGCCAGGAUGCGCGCCGUCGUCGCCCGCGUCGCGUCCGCCAACCGAAGCGGGCUCGGCGCACAUCUCGCGGCGGCGAAGAAGCGGCGGCUCGCGGCGCUCCGGGCGGGCGCGAGCGCCGACGACCUCGUGGCGUCGCUCGAGGCUUUUGCGGCGGCCCUCGCGCGCGCCGACGGCGGCGAGCAAGCGGCGCUUGUCGAGCGGGAUCGAGUGGCAUGCGCCAGCGGCUUAACGCGCGAGGCUGCCGCGGCGACGGGCGACGCCGUGGCGACCGGCGCCAACGGGGCGGCCACCGACCGCCGCGCCCUCGCGGAAUCCCAGGCACGGCUCUACGACGCGCGAUACUCGAGUUCCUCGGCCGCGGAGGGCCAGGACCGCGCGGGCGUCGAGGAGGUCCACACCACCGUCGCGCGGGAGACCGAGGCCAUCGCUUCGGCCAUCGCCGACGUCGGGGACGGCACCACAGUGCACCUGCUGGACUUUGGAAGCGGCAACGGGCGAUGCUUCGCGGCGAGCCGCGCCGCCGCGCGGGCCCGGGGCAAGGCGCUCGCCGUCACGGCGUACGACGUCUCAUCGGGAGCGCUGGGCGCCUUCCGCCGGGCGCUCGUCGACGACCACGGCUUCGCCGCCGACGGCGGCGGCGCGCUCGGCGACGUCGUCGCCGGUGCGGACCGCGUCCGCUUCGUGCAGGGCAGCGCGACGGCGCCGCCCGAGGCGCUGCGGAGCCUCGGCAGCUUCGACGUCGCCUUGUCGGGCUGGGGGACGACGUCGGCGAUCCCGGACCUGCGGCCAGGCGAAGGGCGGCAGCUGCAGUUCCUCGCCGAACUGUGCCGCCGCGCGCCGCGGUUGCUCAACGUCGUGUCCUCCGAGAACAAUUUCCUCGGACCGCAGGCGCGGUUCCGCGAAAUCCGCCGGCGGCGCGCGGCCGCCGUCGGGGAAGACGCUGCGCGACUGGACGCGGAGCUGCGGCUGGCGACGUCCGAGGGCUCUUUUUACUACGAAGUGAACAAUGAGGAAUACUUCUAUUCGGCCGUGUCGCCGCGCGUCGAGGAACGGAGGCUGCGCGCCGCCGGCUUCCGCGACGUCGACGUGCGCGCGUGCAACGUCGCGUCGUUCCGCGACCUUCUGGCGUCGCCGCGGCUCGCGCGGCUAGAGCGCGCGGUCCUCAAACUCGUCGACGGGAACCAGCACCUGCGGCUCCAGCUGCUCCUGACGCGCCUUGCGGAAAAAGCCGCGCGCCGGCGCCUCCAACGCGUCGCGCCGCUCUUCGACCCGGACCGCACGCUCGUUGACCAGUGCGCGCGCUACUUGUGCUCAUAUGCGAGCCGCUGAGGUCUGUUCUCUGUUUGUGUAUAAGUAUCCUUGUAAGUUC